AUGGCGCUUUUGAUGCACAGAGAGAGCAAUAGUUGCGGAAGUUACAGUAAACAGCAAAUGGAUGCUAGCAAGUAUGUGAGAUAUACACCAGAGCAAGUGGAAGCCCUGGAGAGAGUCUAUGCAGAAUGCCCAAAACCAACUUCUUUGAGAAGGCAACAGCUCAUUAGAGAGUGUCCCAUUCUUUCUAACAUUGAACCUAAACAGAUCAAAGUCUGGUUUCAAAACCGCAGAUGCCGUGAAAAGCAGAGGAAGGAAGCAUCUCGUCUCCAGACUGUUAACAGGAAGUUGAGUGCCAUGAACAAGCUAUUGAUGGAAGAGAAUGACCGCCUUCAGAAGCAGGUCUCACAGCUGGUUUAUGAAAAUGGUUACAUGCGCCAACAAUUGCACACAGUAAGUGCACCGACCACUGAUACUAGCUGUGAAUCUGCCGUCAUGAGUGGUCAACAACAACAGAAAAACAUAACACCUCAGCAUCCAGAAAGGGAUGCUAAUAGCCCAGCUGGUCUUCUUGCUAUAGCUGAGGAGGCCCUGGCAGAGUUCCUUGGAAAGGCUACUGGAACUGCUGUCGACUGGGUCCAAAUGAUAGGGAUGAAGCCUGGUCCGGAUUCUAUUGGUAUUGUUGCUAUUUCACGCAACUGUAGUGGGGUAGCAGCAAGAGCCUGUGGUCUCGUGAGUCUUGAGCCAAGUAAGGUUGCCGAGAUUCUAAAAGAUCGCCUUUCUUGGUUUCGCGAUUGCCGCUGCCUUGAUGUAAUGAGUGUAAUUCCUACAGGAAAUGGAGGGACUAUAGAGCUCAUGUAUAUGCAGACUUAUGCACCAACAACAUUAGCAUCGGCUCGUGACUUUUGGACAUUGAGAUAUACUACAAGUUUGGAAGAUGGAAGUCUUGUGAUAUGCGAGAGGUCUUUAACAUCUUCCAGUGGUGCCCCAACAGGGCCCACAGCUCCAUGCUUUGUAAGAGCUGAAAUGCUACCUAGUGGCUGCCUGAUACGUCCUUGUGAGGGUGGUGGCUCCAUCGUUCACAUUGUUGAUCAUUUUGACUUGGACGCUUGGAGUGUUCCUGAAGUUCUGAGGCCACUUUAUGAAUCUUCUAAAAUCCUUGCACAGAAGAUGACUAUGGCUGCCUUGCGACACAUAAGACAGAUAGCGCAAGAAACCAAUGGAGAAAUUCAAUGCAGUGGCGGUCGCCAACCUGUUGUUCUAAGGGCAUUGAGUCAAAGAUUGUGUAGGGGAUUUAAUGACGCUGUUAAUGGGUUUGUCGAUGAUGGUUGGUCGAUCCUCGGUGGUGAUGGGGUAGAAGAUGUAACCAUUGCCAUAAAUUCAUCUCCGAGCAAAUUUCUUGGUUCCCAGCACAACUCUUUGUCCAUCCUCCCUUCUUUUGGGGGUGUCCUUUGUGCUAGAGCAUCAAUGCUUGUUCAGAAUGUUCCCCCUGCGUUGCUUGUUCGUUUUUUGAGAGAGCAUCGUUCCGAGUGGGCUGACUAUGAGAUCGAUGCUUAUUCUGCCGCAUCUCUUAAAGCUAGUCCUUAUGCAGUUCCUUGUGCAAGGCUUAGCGGGUUUCCUGGCAGCCAAGUCAUUUUACCUCUUGCCCAGACUGUAGAGCACGAAGAGUUAUUGGAGGUGGUUCGCUUAGAAGGUCAUGCAUUCUCACCAGAGGAGAUAGCUUUGUCCCGGGAUAUGUACUUGUUACAGCUAUGUAGUGGGGUUGAUGAGUCAACUUCUGGUGCCUGUGCUCAGCUCGUCUUUGCACCAAUUGAUGAAUCAUUCGGUGAUGAUGCUCCUUUGCUUCCAUCUGGUUUUCGUGUUAUACCGUUGGAUGCUAAAACAGAUGGGGAUGGAGCAACUCGGACAUUAGAUUUGGCAUCUACCCUUGAGGUGGGACCUAGUGGAGCUCGUACAGUUGGCGAAGUCGAUUCGUGUAAGCAGAGUCUUAGGUCUGUUUUGACUAUUGCAUUCCAAUUCACUUUCGAAAAUCACUAUCAAGACACAGUGGCUGCUAUGGCCCGUCGAUACGUGCGUAAUAUCGUGAGCUCUGUUCAGAGAGUUGCUAUGGCAAUUUCUCCGUCUCGACUCAGCUCCCAAAUGGUACCGAAGACACUUCCUGGUUCACCAGAGGCUAUUACAUUGGCACGAUGGAUUUGCAGGAGCUAUAGGAUGCACACUGGCGGAGAAUUCCUUCAGAUCGAUUCGGAAGCUGGUGAUGCUGUUCUGAAACAACUGUGGCAUCAUAGUGAUGCUAUUAUGUGCUGCUCUGUCAAAAUGAAUGCCUCUGCGGUUUUCACAUUUGCAAACCAGGCAGGUCUCGACAUGCUUGAGACCACACUUGUGGCACUUCAGGAUAUAAUGCUCGAGAGGAUUUUGGACGAAACUGGCCGAAAGCUACUGCUUUCGGAGUUCUCCAAGAUAAUGCAGCAGGGAUUCGCCUAUCUACCGGCAGGAGUAUGUGUUUCGAGCAUGGGCAGGCCUAUCGCAUAUGAACAAGCCAUUGCAUGGAAGGUUCUCAACGACGAUGACUCCAAUCACUGCCUUGCUUUCAUGUUCGUCAACUGGUCCUUUGUCUAAAUGCAAUAGAUGAGCAUUAAGACUUUGCAACACUCGGUAGCUUUAAGUUAUGUACUGGUUUCUACUUUGUUGAAAGCACAUAUAACAUAUAACUAGGUUCAGAACUUGUGACGUAUACCUUGUAUCUGCUUGGAUCUAUGUUCGGUCCAUACAUCUAUUUCCACUAAUUCAAAAGUCACUAUUGCUUCUC